GACGUCGAUUGUUGUUUUGAAAAUUUAUCGCAAAGUUUUCACGGAAAUUAAGCAGGAAAAAUGGCCUCUGCAGGUCGAAAUGAGAAUGGAAUGCCAACUUCGGUCAAAUCUGAAGACAUCGGCGAUAAAAAUGGCGAGGAAAAGCAAAAAACAGCAGGACAAACAGUUGCUCCCGAAGGCACUCGUCAAAAUAGCAUUGAACGGAUCCACAUUCGCAAACAAAAGGUCUACCAAAUGAGUCGCGCCUCAAAAAUGGCAAAACUUUCAAUGUACUCCGCUUGUCAGAGUCCCAAGUGUCGUUGUACGGGCUGGAAGACGCCGCAAGAGAACCGCAAUCGUGAUGUCGAAACGAAUUAUCAGCCGGAAUCGACGGAACCAUGUCGCGCUCCCAAUUGCGGGCACACGUUGCAAGAUCACGUCUCGCAUUUGACGGAAGUUACGGAUCCGCAAAUUAACGAACUCAUGUCGACAAUUGUGGAUGUCGAAAAUUUGUACAUGAGCAUCAUGAAGGAAGAGGACAAAGACACGAAAAAAGUUUAUUGUUACCUGUUCCGGUUGUUGCGACAAUGUAUCUUGACACGAACGCAACCUUUGAUUCGGGGUCCUUUGGGCGAGCCUCCAUUUGAACAUCCAAGCAUCUCGAAGGCAAUUACAAAUUUUGUCAUUCACAAGUACAGCCAUUUAAGCCAAGCGGAGUUUGUGACGAUGACAGAAGUGGCAAAAACCUUUUUGCAUUGCUUGAAUCACUGGAAUUUCGAAACGCCAUCAGUUCGGGUUGAUUUAAGUUACGAAGAUGCUUCUGCCUAUAAAAUCAAUUACACGCGAUGGUUGAUGUUUUGUCACGUACCGGCUUUUUGCGGAUCUCUCAAGCACUUUGAAACGUCUUUGGUGUUCGGUAGAUCGCUCCUGAAGGCCGUUUAUCAGUACAUUUCGCAACAACUCCUCAACAAAUGCAAGACUGAAAAAGAUCGGAUGCCUCCUGAGAAGCGAAGUGUCUUGGCCCAGCUCCCACGUUUCCUGGAAGCACUCAAACACGAAGUUGUCGACGAGGAAUCGCUCAUUUGGGACAUCAGUUUCAAGCCGGCAGCGACAAUGUUGCUUCAACGCAAGCGUCAUAGCGAGGCAAUUGGAGCUACUUCGUCGAAAAAAGGCGUCGACACCAAUAAACGCAUCAAACGCGAAGAUAACGAAGAUUUGUCGGAUGACGUCAUCAUACGAGCGUUGAACAAAAUCCAAGACAGUAACAGCAUCAAUCGAACUGAAAUCGUUUUUCCGGUAAAUGCACCACGAGACGAAGCAGCAAAGGGCGAAGAAACUCGCGGCGAGAUCGAAUUUCACAUUGUUGGCAAUUCCUUGACGAAACCCGUGUCCAAAGAAUCCAUGUUGUGGCUUCUGGGCUUGCAUAACGUCUUUGCACAUCAGUUACCGGGCAUGCCACGCGAGUACAUCAGUCAACUUGUCUUCGAUCCGAAACACAAAACCUUGGCUCUCAUCAAGGAAGGACGUCCCAUCGGCGGAAUUUGCUUCCGAACCUUCACCUCGCAAGGUUUUAUUGAAAUUGUCUUUUGCGCUGUCACAAGUAGUGAACAAGUCAAGGGCUAUGGGACACAUUUGAUGAAUCAUUUGAAGGAUUACAGCAUUCAACAAGGCAUUAAACACUUUUUAACGUAUGCCGACGAGUUCGCCAUCGGUUAUUUCAAGAAACAAGGCUUCUCGAAAGACAUUAAAGUGGCUCGUCCUGUUUAUGCGGGCUUCAUUAAAGAAUACGAAGGUGCUACAUUGAUGCAUUGUCAACUCAUGUCGACGAUUGUUUAUACGCAAUUCACUUCGGUAAUCCGAAAACAGAAGGAAAUCUUGAAAGAACUCAUUUCGCAACGUCAGCAAGAAGUGCAAAAAAUUCAUCCAGGUCUCACUUGCUUCAAAGAAGGCUUGCGUUCAAUCCCAAUCGAGGCAAUUCCCGGCUUACGUGAAUCAUUCCCCGGAUGGAAACCGCAACUUCGGGCACAACGCCAAUCUCGUCCUUUGGAAGAAACCGCAGAUCCCGAAAAACUCGCUGCUACCUUGGGAAAUGUUUUGCAAUGCGUGAAAACAAAUGCCGCAGCUUGGCCUUUCCUGAAACCCGUAAAUCCCGCAGAAGUUCCGGACUACUACGAUCAUAUCAAGUAUCCGAUGGACCUGAAAACCAUGACUGAUCGCCUAAAAGCGAAAUAUUAUUCCACAAGACGAUUGUUUAUUGCCGACAUGCAACGCAUUUUCACAAAUUGUCGCACUUACAACGACUCUACGACGGAAUAUUACAAAUUGGCAAAUCACUUGGAACGAUACUUUGUUACACGCAUGAAAGAGUGCGGAUUGUGGGACAAAACUUGACCUGAAGACAAACUCGAGUCACUGGAGGAUGAAAUAGGCUCGGAUUUUAGUGACUAGCAAAGUAGUUGUAGUAAAUUUAACUUGAAAUUUGAUGAAAAAAUCCCUGAAAAUGAUGAAUUUAGUGAUGAAAUCCUGUAAAUUACCUGUAAAAUUAGAGAAAAAUGUAUUAAAUGAUAAGACUUUAGCAGAUAUUUGCACAAAAAUAACUGUAUUUGGCAUAUUAUUUAUGUACUUCUUAUUGGAUAUAUACAUAUGGAAUUGCAGUUAAAAUGUUACUAAUUUUAUGAGAUUAAUUGCUUUGGAAAAAGAAACAAUACUGAAUUCAAGGUACAUAUUGCUAUUUAAUAUUUUGGUGAGAUUUUUUUUUUCAUUUCGUGAUGAAUU